AACAUGCUAACAUUUCUACUUUACUUACUGAAUUUACUAAACCCAUGUUUACUGAAUCCAUUGAACUUACUGAACCUACAUUUACUGAAUCUACUAAACCUAUAUUUACUAAAUCCACUGAGCUCACAUUUACUAAAUCUACUAAAUCAACCAAACUUAUUAAAACUAUCAAAUUUACAAAAUCUAACAAUUCUACAGAUUUCACUUCUGCACCUAUUGAGUCAAUUGAAUAUGCUGAGGCAUCCAAGUCUACUAAAUCUAAAACAACCAAAUCAAAAGCAAUAUCUAAAAAAACACAAAUGAUUUAG